AUGAGGGGAAGUAGCAGACACCUCAGCGAUGAGGAGGAUGUCAGUGGAUGUGAGGACUGUAUCAUCAUCAGUGGGACCCGCAGUGACCAGUCUUCAAACCCCAAGACUGUUCCUUUGACCCAACUCUUGGAGGCAGUCUGCACAGUGGAGAGCAGAGGAUGCAGGACAAGCUCACGGCCAUCCAAGAGGAAAGUAUCCAGCCUGAUUAGUUCCGUUCAGGACCUCACAGGAGAUGGAGAUGGAGACAGGGAUGGUGAGAUGGGGAACAGCAGUGGCUCUGACACUCCAGUGAUGUUCUGCGAGACCAGGACACCCUCUAAAACCCCAGCAAAGAAAACCACUUCAGAAGCAACCACUUCAGCAAGCACACCCAGGCUGUCCCCUGUCAGCCCUUACCCCAUCAUUGACCUCACAGAUGAAGAUACGAUACCCCAGAGCAUCAGUACCCCAUCGGUUGACUGGAGCCAGGACAGCCAUCAGGAGGGCAUGGAUACCACACAGGUGGAUGCAGAAAGCAGAGAUGGACAUAACACUGAGUAUCAGGUCUCGGCUGACAAGCUUUUGGCCUGGGGGUUGCUCAGCCAGUCCUUUAACCUGACCGCCUUCUAUAAACGGGUUCCUUACAGGAAGGUUGUAUACUGUACUCUGAGUUACACAGGAAAAGCCAGGGUUCGAGCGGGCAAGACCUUCCCCAGCAGUCCCGGAGAGUCACUGGAGCACCAGCUGAAGCCCGUGCUGGAGUGGGCCCACAGCAGCUUCAAGCCCACUGGGAUUGAGGGCCUCCAACCCAACAGCAAGCAGCCAGGUGGGAAGGAACCCGGGGAACAUGAGGACAAAAGUCAAAGACGCACAACCAAUGACUCUGCCGUUUCUGAGUACUCUACCCCACCCAAGCGCCUCAAGACGAAUAGCUAUGGUGGGAAGGACCUAAAGGGGGAUGAGGAGAGCCGAGAACAGAUGGCUUCUGAUGUGACCAACAAGUGCAAUCUGGAAGAACACUGCUUGUCCUGCGGUAGGAGGGACCCUGUGUCCUUCCACCCCCUCUUUGAGGGUGGGCUCUGUCAGAGUUGCCGGGACCGCUUCCUGGAGCUCUUCUACAUGUAUGACGAGGACGGCUAUCAGUCCUACUGCACCGUGUGCUGUGAGGGCUAUGAAUUGCUGCUGUGCAGUAACACAAGCUGCUGCAGGUGCUUCUGUGUGGAGUGUCUGGAGGUGCUGGUGGGUGCAGGCACAGCUGAGGAUGCCAAGCUGCAGGAACCCUGGAGUUGCUAUAUGUGCCUCCCCCAGCGCUGCCAUGGGUUCCUCCGACGCAGGAAGGAUUGGAACAUACGCCUGCAGGACUUCUUCACUACUGAUCCUGACCUGGAAGAAUUUCAGGAGCCACCCAAGUUGUACCCAGCAAUUCCUGCAGCCAAAAGAAGGCCCAUUAGAGUCCUGUCUCUGUUUGAUGGAAUUGCGACAGGGUACUUGGUGCUCAAGGAGUUGGGUAUUAAAGUGGAGAAGUACGUUGCCUCCGAAGUCUGUGCAGAGUCCAUCGCUGUGGGAACCGUUAAGCAUGAAGGCCAAAUCAAAUAUGUGGAUGACAUCAGGAACAUUACAAAGGAACAUAUCGACGAGUGGGGCCCAUUCGACCUGGUGAUUGGUGGAAGCCCCUGCAAUGAUCUUUCCUGUGUGAAUCCUGUCAGGAAAGGCCUGUUUGAGGGUACUGGUCGGCUCUUCUUUGAGUUUUAUCGAUUGCUAAAUUACUCACGCCCUGAGGAGGAGGAUGACCGCCCAUUCUUUUGGAUGUUUGAGAAUGUGGUAGCCAUGAAGGUUGGUGACAAGAGGGACAUCUCACGAUUCCUGGAGUGUAACCCAGUGAUGAUCAAUGCCAUCAAGGUUUCUGCUGCUCACAGGGCCCGGUACUUCUGGGGCAACCUACCUGGAAUGAACAGGCCCGUGAUAGCUUCAAAGAAUGAUAAGCUCGAGCUGCAGGACUGCCUGGAGUUCAGUAGGACAGCAAAGUUAAAGAAAGUGCAGACAAUAACCACCAAGUCGAACUCCAUCAGACAGGGGAAAAAACAGCUUUUCCCUGUAGUCAUGAAUGGCAAAGACGACAUUCUGUGGUGCACUGAGCUCGAAAGGAUCUUCGGCUUCCCUGCUCACUACACGGAUGUGUCCAACAUGGGCCGUGGUGCCCGCCAGAAGCUGCUGGGCAGGUCCUGGAGUGUGCCAGUCAUCAGACACCUGUUGGCCCCCUUAAAGGACCACUUUGCCUGUGAAUAG